AAUUGUCGAAGGUACCAAAGAGUUAAUGAAGCAAAGACUCAGCCAAGACCGAGUCCUGUAAAUAUUCCCAACUUGAUCCGCCACGCCUUGAUCCACCAGUUUACCCAAUGAAAGACUAGCUCGCCUUCUGGAGCCCAAGAUCAUCCUCUACUCGAAGAUCGACCGACGGCAUCGAUGGGCUCGGAGGCAACUACUCAGGCCUGGACAUCAGCAGCGCCUCUGCCUGGGCCGCAGUAGCCGCCAUCUUGCCAGUGGACAGGGUGAGGGCCCGGGCGCGGAGGCCGCGCGGUGACUGGUACGGAUGGUUCCCACCCGCGGUCUCUUCUGCACACUCACGGUGACCGUGCCCCUGCUGGCGGUCUUGCCCCCCGUCGACCCACCUCUGCCCUGGGCUCUUCCACUCACUCCCCACUCAGCUCCGCCCUAGCCUGCGCUCGGAACGCAGACCUGCUGGGUCCGGCCCGGCCCGGCCCGGCCCGGCCCGAGUGCCAGCGCCCGAGUGUCCCCCGGCUUCCCGGCUUCCGCGAGGCCGGGCUUUGGGGAGGGACACGCCGAUACUGUCUGGCCUGAACCUCUGUCGGGACAGCUUGGCCUGUCACUAGCCUGUCUUGUUUUUGCUCUCUCCCAGGGAUACUUUGCAGUGGGGCAAGAAUUUGCGUCCGCCUUCUUCACUAGAAAUGGCCCAUGUGCUCUGUAACAGAGCCAGACUGGUUUCCUAUCUCCCAGGAUUCUGUUCUUUAGUGAAAAGAGUCAUCCAUCCAAGAGCCUUUUCAACUGCAGGAUCUUCAGGUUCUGAUGAGUCUCAUGUGGCCACUGCACCUCCAGAUAUAUGCUCUCGAACAGUGUGGCCUGAUGAAACUAUGGGACCCUUUGGACCUCAGGACCAGAGAUUCCAGCUUCCUGGGAAUAUAGGCUUCGAUUGUCACCUCAAUGGGACUGCCUCACAGAAGAAAAGCCAGGCCCAUAAAACUUUGCCUGAUGUUCUAGCAGAGCCUCUUUCAACUGAAAGACACGAGUUUGUGAUGGCGCAGUAUGUAAAUGAGUUUCAGGAUAGUGAUGCACCUGUUGAACAAGAAGUUAACAGUGCAGAAACUUACUUUGAAAGUGCCAGAGUUGAGUGUGCAAUCCAGACAUGUCCAGAGCUGCUGCGGAGAGAUUUUGAGUCACUUUUUCCAGAAGUGGCUAAUAGCAAACUGAUGAUCCUGACUGUAACCCAGAGAACUGAAAAUGACAUGACUGUCUGGAGUGAAGAGGUGGAGGUUGAGAGAGAGGUGCUCUUGGAGAAGUUCAUCAAUGGUGCUAAGGAGAUUUGCUAUGCUCUUCGGGCUGAAGGAUACUGGGCUGACUUCAUUGACCCAUCAUCUGGUGUGGCAUUUUUUGGACCAUAUACCAACAACACACUUUUUGAAACAGAUGAACGGUACCGGCAUUUAGGAUUCUCAGUUGAUGACCUUGGCUGCUGUAAAGUGAUCCGUCAUAGUCUCUGGGGUACUCAUGUGGUUGUAGGAAGUAUCUUCACUAACGCAACAGCAGACAGCAGUAUCAUGAGGAAGCUCAGUGGAAACUAGCAAGUGGCACUGUGAUAACUGCAGCGCUGUUUUUCUGUCAUGGAUUGCUCUAUAUAAACACUGUCAUGGACAGCAGCUUCUAGAGGAUUCUUGUUUCUAGGUAUUUAUUGUAUCACUUAUGGGUUUACAUGGACAGGUGACUUGGGGUUUCAGAAUUGCAAAUGCUAGUUCCUAUUCUGGAGUGCAUGCUGAACACAUCCAUAUUCUGCAAAGUGAGGUCAUCAGCUUGUAACCAGGGUAUGUGUGUUCUCUUAGGGUUGAUUCUCCCCUUUAUUGGGAAAACUUUAAUUAUUUUUUCCAAAAAUAAAUCAUACAUUUGUCUAUGAA